GCGCAAUAUUAGCGGUGAUUUUUCCUUUUUCCUUCGCAGGUACGUGUGUGUUUGCGCGCAUUAACCUGCUUGAAUUUGCCGAGACGAAAACGGCGUUGCUUGCUGGAGGUCGAGUGGACGCUGUUGCCUCGCACAUUGUGUAGACGCAUUGUUUUAUUACCAUUCUUUUGUUGUUGUUGUGACUGAACUGCAGUCAUCAUCGCACGCAAAUCGCUUCACAAAAAGCUUUCUUUCUUCCAUCGUGUCUCGCGUUACAUGCAUCACGUACGAUCCCCUCCGGAGGAAGGCAGAGAGGCUAAUGGAGGCGCGUUGCUGAAGCCACCGAGUGCUUCGCUCUCGAAGGAACAUGUGUCGGAUGUUUCGCAAGACAGCUGCGCGCCUCAAUGGGCACUGGAUUCUAAAGUAGCGGCGAAGGCUGCUGCGAAGGCUGCGGCAAAACAAGGCGCAGAUUGGUGUCAUCCCCUCGACGCCCUGCAGCGUCAAAAGAACUCGGCACGCGUCGCCUACACCCCGUUCACCGUUGCUGAUGCCGAGGUGGUGGCGGCUCGCCAAGCGGAGGUGGUCGCAGACCGCAUUUUCCCUCAGCUUCAAGACAGCGUGCGUCGCAGUAACCGGCUGCUUUGCGAGUCGACGGAGCCACCGAGGCGUUUGCUGCGGCAGUGCUCAGGCAGUUCUGCUGAUAGCGUGUUUCCUGCGUUGGCGAGGACGGCAAAACCCGAGAGCGUGCCGCGCAGUGCGACACGGCAGCGCUCAGGGACGCCAGACCGCCUGCUGCAGGCCUUUCCAACCCCCGACGAUUUCUCCCUUUCCAACGACCAAUCGCCUCCGCAGCUGAUGGCGCGCAGCAGCAACAAUGCCGCCUCCUUGCCGAUACGGUGCUGUGCCUUGACCACACCCCAUCUGGCCGCUCUCUAUCCCCACAGUCCUUGUGCGCCGAAAGUCACAUCGACGAGGCGGCCGUGCACUGCACCAGAGGGCUGCACCUAUUCCUCCUCCCCCCUCUCUAUCACCCCGCUCAAGGCGCGGAAGGAGAAGUCGCGCAGCAACGCCAGUGCCAUCGCAGCGCAUUACGCGCAGCUCACCCACAUUCUUCAAGACUACCGCGAUGAUGCUGACACCGCUUCCAAGAAAGCAGGAGAGGCCACGCCGGAACAAAUGCGUCUCUGCUCUCCGCGCAAGGCCGCCGCGGACGUGCCGGAUGUCUUUCUCACACGUAGCACACACACGGGUGUCGCCAAGACCUUCCCCGCUGCGUCGCCGCACACAGCUCUCGUUUCCCCUGCGACCCCCGUCGCCACCGCCACGCACGACGGCUUCCGUCACUUCGUGGCGCAGCAUGGACUGUGCGGUCUCCGCACCUCGCCAGUCACAAGGGCCGACCUCACCCGCUUUCGUCGUCACCUUCAGCGAUACUUUGUCCGACAGCUUCACUGCCUCCUGCAGUACGAAGAGAACGAGCGGGCACAGCUGCAGCUCGAUGCGUUGCGCGCUCUCCGGACCCUUACCGGGCUGCACAGCCGCUACUGCGAUUACGUGGAGCUUUGCGGGCGACAGGCAGCGACAUUGGCGGCUAUGCUGGCGGAAGAGGUGGUGCUGAGGGAUGUGUAUCCUUUGCUAGAGCCUCUCCGAGCCACCGAAGACGAGCCGGAGCGUCCUUGCACGGAGAGCCUUCUCAACAGAUCCACUGAGGAGUCGGAGGCGUUCGAGGAGUUGGAGAUGAGUGCGAGAACGAUGGGUAAAGCCCUCGCUGCUCACAAACCGAUGCUCGAGGAACUCCAACCUGAAGGCACGGACACACGUGCGAUGUUGGCGGCGGCAGCGGCGGCACUGGAGGAGGCGUUUGAAGAGCUGGUACCCACGCUGGACUUCGAUAAGCUGGAGGUGAGCGUCUCUACCGCCGCGAAGGUGGCUCUGCCAUUGGAGCCUUUCGAGGAGUUAAAAGCCGAAAGCGACACGCGUGAGAACGUGGCGGCUCUGCAGGAGUCUUUCGAAGGGUUAACCUCGCUGCGCAAGCUGUAUACCGCGGGGAUCAACACCGAGGCGGACAAAGAAGUGGUGUUGGACGCGGAGUCUCCCGACAAGUCCGAGUCUGACAGAGACACGACGCCUGAGGAUGCUGCGAUACAGGAAGCUUUUGUGGAACUUGUGGACCCACAGGCACCCGGAGAAGCGGAGGUCUGCGCCAUCACCCCGCAACAAGAGGAGCGCCCACCCGUCCAGCCAUUUGGGAAACUGGAGGCUACGGCGGAGACGCACACACGAGUUCCUCCGGCGCCUGAGCCGUUUGAGGAGCUCCACGCAGUCGCCACAGAGACGAAAGCGCAGGUGGCAGAGCUGCAAGAAACCUUCCAGGACCUCUCUCUCCUUCUCGGUUUCGUGGAGCUAGCAAUGAGCGAUGUGGCACACACACAGCUACCCCUUUCGCUCGAUCCAUUUGAGGAGCUGCAGUCGAGUGAUGACAUCGACGCGAUGGCCGCUGUGCUUCAGGAGGCGGCCGAGGAGCUCGUGGCGCGGGCAGAGUCAAGCGAGGUACGAGAAAGCGCCUUCUCUGAAAGAGAGGAACAGAGUUCGCAGGAGCCGUUCGAAGAGCUGGAGGUGAACGCCGCCAUCCGCGGAAAGGUGCCCCCUCCACUCGAGCCGUUUGAGGAGUUGGAGGCGAAUGCCAGCCUCACGCUGGCGGUCUCAAAGCUGCGAGAAGACUUUGAGGGGCUGCGUGCGCCGGAAACCUUCGAGGAACUGGGGACCAGCACGGGAACCCACACCAAGGCCCCAACAUUCUUAGGGUCAUUUGAAGAGCUGAAAUCCGGCUUCGCCACAAAGACGGAAGACGAUGCUCUACAAGAGGUAUAUGAGGAGCUGGUGGUGCCAGAGAUUGGAACAGAAGGGCAGCUCGAGGUCAGCGGCAGCAAUGCGGCAGAGCCCCCGGCAACAACGGAGGCUCCGGCAACGACAGAGGCUCCAGCAGAGGCGCCGGUAGCACCAGAACCGUUUGAAGAGUUGAGAAUGGGCGCGGAGUGCGUUAUUUCUUCGAAGCCUUUCGAGGAACUGGAGGAGAGCCGUGACACGGAUGGUGCUGUGGCGGCGCUGAAUGAAGCGUUCGAAGAGCUGGUGCCGUCUGUGAAUCACGCAGAGGAGCGUCAAAUGAGCGUUGGUGUCGACAGCGUGGCCGGUAACGAGGUCGUGGUGAAGACUGCCGGUGUGGCCGAGUCAGAAGUGGAGGAGCGUAGUGUCGAAGUUGACGACAUCGCUUCCAAUGCAGUUGUCGUGGCUGCUGUUCCUCUUCCUCCUGUUCCUCCUGCACUAGUUGAAGCAUCGUCGAAGGAUUACUACGUGGGAGCCCCUACAACUCUCACGGACGCGGAGGGCGCGGUGCGGCAAGUCACGUGCCACUUCAACGACCUCACGCUCGACAGCUUCGCCGCUGCCGCGGUGGGCGAUGUGCUGGCGGAGGCAUGCGGUGUGCGUCGCCCGGUGGUGAUCGCGUGCGAGCGCCACCUCGACGGCACCAACUGGUGUGCACAUCUGAUGAACGCCGGCGUCGCCGUCCGCGAUUGCGUUGUCGCGGACGUCUGCGCUGCCCUGGAGUGUGCCGCCAUACGAGUGCGCAACGUCACCCUGGUCGCCACGGCGUCGAACGACGACGACGACGACGCACACCGUGCGGAGAAAACACCGAGUGAUGAGUUAAGUGACGACGCCAAUGCUGCUGCUGCUGCGGUGGUGGUGGAUUCGGCAGGUCUUACGAUACGCUUUGAUGUGGUGCACGAGGCCGUCUUUGCCCUCUACCCACAGGAGGAGGUGCAGUACCUUAUUCAGGAGUGCCAGUUUCCGUUUCUCCAGCAGUGGUGCCGCAGCCGGGCUGCCAUGCAGCGCUUGGAGCGCCGCCGAUGCGGCUCCAACACGCCUCAGAUGACGCUGCUGCGUCCCGAGAGCGCCGCGUGGCUGUCACGGGGGGCGGCGAUGCAGCUGUGGGCCUACGCAACGGGGGCGGCGCGUCGUGUGGACACGGGCGUGCCGACGCAGCCCUCAGCACCAUCCUCCGUAUCACCUGGGUCUCCGAGCGCAGCACCCAACCUCUCUGCCGGAUCCAGUGGCCAGAGCAGACCGGACGCUGCCGAGAGCGCAGACAUGAGCUCCUUGGAGGCGCGCCCGUCGAAGCCACAGCAAUCAAAGCACAAAGGCCUUUUCACGCGGAGUCACAAGACCAGCUAG